AUGCGCUACGUCACCCCUUUGGACGCUUCCUCGCUCGCCUCGUCGUUUCUGCCCGAGCUGCUCACCCAAGCUCGCCGGCGGAUCCCGACCUUGCAACGUUCCUCACCGGCCUUCUUCCUCGUCCCUCUCCUCGUAUCGAGGAGCCUAGGACAUGCCCACCAAUGGGUCGCACACAUCUACGCCUUCGCGACCUCUGAACUGCCCUCCCCACCUUCCGCCGUCGCAGCUUGCUCUCCUCUGCCCAAGGACGAAACGAACCCUCAUCGUCUCGUCGUCCGCUACAUGAAAGAAGCGCUGACCAAAUCGUCCUGCAUUAUCGGUGCACCAAGAGCGAUCGAGGCCUUGCUCGAAUUGGACAAGGUCGUCCCCGUCGAAGCCAAGGAUGAUUCGUUCGUCAGGGACGAGUUGGACCGCUCAAGGUCGAAUCAGGAGAGGGCCGAGAUUGGGAUGAAGGGGAUCAGCACCGUGUACCAAAAGGAUAUUGUUGGCAUCUUCAACAUGAUGGAUCCGUAUCUGAAAGACAUUCGUGAGUUGUUCCCCGCGCGAUUAAUUAAGAAGUCGUCCUUCUUUCGAAACUGAUCGAGCAUUCCGAGUUGCGCAGGUUGGUUCGCCCAGAACAUCACCUAUGGUACCUACCUGGUCCCUCACGCGGACAAGACACCGGAAACCUCGCCAGAUCCUUUCGAUCAGGACUCGACGUUGCUGAGCAUCUUGACCUUAUCGACGAUCGUACCGCAACGAACACCGAGGGAAAUCUUGUGGCAUCUCCGUGAGUCGGCUUUAGAUUCUGCUCGGUUGAAGGCGCUCGUUUACUGAGAAACCAAGGUUUUCGCAGGUGGCGCGAUCCGACGUGGGAUCCCUCGCGAGCAAGUGCGAUCAUUGCACGAAGAGAUCGAGGUCGUCUGUCACGCGUGUGGAGUGGACAAUGUCCGAGAAGGGAUCUCGACCGUCGAUGACGUGGACAAGCAGGCCGAGGAACCCUGA